AUGUAUUCAUCUCAUUAUUCACCCUCAGCUUCACCAUACACCUCACCACCCGCACCUCCUCAUGAUCCCUAUAGAUCCUCUCCGAUACCUGUAAAUCCCAAGCAAUCGUACAACUCGGCAUUCUCACCACCACCUCAAAUGCCCAGUACAUUCUCUCCCAUGCCAUCCGGUCAAUCUCAGCGCUAUCAUCAACAGCAGCAGCAAUACCCAAAUCCCCAGAAUCAGCAAUACGCCAGAGCACCACCUAAUCGGUAUUCCUCCCCACUACCACCACAGGGUUAUGCAAAUGGAGGCGCUGGAUAUGCUCAACAACCACCACCACCUCAGCCACAGCAUCUACCUCCGCCUCAGCGUCAUAAGGGUACCCUAGCCCCUGGUCAGAUAGUCAAAGUAGGAGAUCAAGCAGUUAGGAUUGAGAGAUAUCUAUCUGAAGGAGGAUAUGCCCAUGUGUAUCUGACUACUUCAGACAGACCCAUCUACCCACCGACUAAGGGAGGGGAGAAGAGGGGAAGAUGGGGUGAAAAGGGAUAUACAGAACAUUGUUUGAAAAGGAUAGCCUUUGAGGAUGAUGCUGUUUGGGUAGACGUAAAGAAGGAGAUUGAGGUUAUGAAAUCACUUCCCCCUAAUCCACAUCUUAUUCAAUAUCUCGGUUCGGCACAUUCGCGCCUGCCUACAGGUGGUCACGAAGUAUUCAUCUUGAUGGAAUUUUGCUCGGGUGGUGGUAUCAUCGAUCUGUUGAAUAAGCGACUAAGAGAUAGACUGAAAGAGAUUGAGAUCUUGAACAUCUUCACGGAUGUUUGUGAGGCUGUUGCAGCAAUGCAUCGUUUGUCACAACCGCUCCUGCAUCGGGACCUCAAGAUCGAAAAUGUACUAUCACAACCCACAUCCUCUCCUCCGACCUCUCAGCGUCCCAGUCCUCUGAUAUUCAAGCUAUGUGAUUUCGGAUCUACCACUUUUCCUGCCGAUAAACCUCCUCAGACGAAGAUUGAAGCAGAUGCUUUGGCUAUGGACCUAAACAAGCAUACUACCUUGCAGUAUAGGAGUCCGGAGAUGGUGGAACCGAUGCUAGGGCUUCCUGUGGGAUUACCAAGUGACGUCUGGGCUCUGGGAUGCCUGUUGUAUAAGCUCUGUUACUAUACGACGCCAUUCGAAGAGCAUGGUCCAUUAGCAAUUGUAAAUGCUAAAUACACAUUCCCGCCUGUUCCCGCUUAUUCUCCAAGGAUACAGCACCUCAUAGCCUCUAUGCUAGUGGAGCAGCCUGUUCGUCGACCGACAGUAUUUGAGGUUCUCAGAGUAGCCCACGAGAUGAGCGGGACUAAACCUGAAGUCGAUUAUCCAAUUCCUUCGCGAUCUCUUGGUGUUCCCUCCCAGCGUCAAGCAUCUCGACCAUCAGCUCAGUCAUCCAAUCUACUUGAUUUCACUGGAUCCUCAUCUCCCAUUGACAAGACACCGGUCCUUCAACCUUCUCUUGCUUCGUCGGUCCAGCCACAACGGCGGGGUCGACCCACAAGAGAACCGAGCCAAAAAUCAGUCAGCCAGGCGCUUGCUCCAACGUCGAUGCCGACCCCUCCCAAGCCGCAAGAAUCUGUCCCAAAUGCAAACAAGGUCAGCGGAGGAUCAGCUCCCAAAAUCCAAGUAACAGGUGGUACACCCUCACCUGUGCCUAAAGCCCCCUCCCCUGGUCUUGAUGCUUUCGGUAUGCCAUCUUUGCCAGCUUCUUCCUCUCAAAAGCUGGAAAAUCGCGGGUUUGGUGAUUCGUUUGCCGCUCCAAACCCUACAGCAGGGUCUAAUAUCCCGUCCAAGUUUGGUGCUAAUCUUCCUCGACCACCAUCCGGAUUCGGCAACUCAUUUGGUUCUUCAAAAUCCCCUUCAUUGCCGGUCCGCUCUCCUGGCGCGUCUUCCCUCAACAGAGUCUCGUCUGCUAGGUCUGCCUCAAUCAAGCAGCCCUCGCCAGCUACCGGCCCCAAUAAGACCAAGUCACCUGAAACUUCGAGUUCGAUACCCGACGGCGAGCUGAGUUUCGAGACUCGAUUCCCUUCCAUCGAGACUUUGGAUGGCGAUGCAUUCUCUCCUCCUUCCCAAUCUACCAAGCCAGAAGCACUGAUCUCACCCGUGGCCCUACCACCUCCUUCCCGACCUGCAUUCGGCGCGAAACCAUCAAUCAUGGGCAAUAUGACUGGAGGUGAUCUGAGGUCACCGACCACGACGAUUGCUCCCACAGCUCACAAUGGACCCCCUCAGCCUCGCUCAACCCAUGUCACCGGAACAGCAUUCAAAGAAGCAAAGUCGCCCGCUUCUCCUCAGCAGAAGACAGAUUAUUUCGGAUCUAUCACCUCCUCUGCGAAUCAACCUCAUUCUUCGCCUGGCGUCUCGACCGCCUCGGCCGCCAAGUCACCUGCACCACAAGACUUGAUGGAUGAUGAGGGUUCGGAUACAUUGAAGCUUCUACCUAUGCAACCUGGUCGAUCUACGACUCCCUUGUCUUCUGCAAGUAUAUCUACAGAUAAGCAAUUCUCGUCCCCCAGCUCCUCCACCUCAAGACCACAGGCAUCACCAGGGACCACAUCAGCCCAGGCGGCCCCCACAACAGGACAUCAUCGGCCGCUUCUACCCAAGAUCGAAUCUUCUAAACCGACCAGCAAUAUAAAUUCGGAGGAAUGGUCUCCGCUUGAGAAGAUGCGUUUCACAUCCAAAGCUGGUGAAGAGAGGAAGGUUGAGAUAGAGCUAGAUUCGAGUGAUGAGGAGGCAGUACCAGAGAAUGCUUUCGGCACAGGUAGACGACCCACAUCACCUGCUAAGGAGAGCGCGCGAUCUUCAUCCCCGCAGAAGAUUUCGGAUAGAGCUUCGACAUUUGGCGGUAUAUCUCCCGUCAAGACUCGCGCUCCUACCAAAUCGGCUACAGUCGGUAUACCACCUGAGUCUAGUCGUCGACCGCAAAGGACGAACUCUGGAGAAAGAUCUCGACCUCAAUCAAUGUUCAUUACCCCUUCUUCUUCAUCAACCUCGAACAAGCCAUUCAACUACUCACCUACCAUAUCUGAAUCAGCCUCGAAUGCCAGCUUGCCCAACUCCGAUAGUGCGAGGCCGAGUCAUGGAAGGAAGGGGUCGAUCAACGACAUCGUCUCGAGAUAUGAGAACUUGAAACCCCCUUCUUCGGCUUCGUCGUCCACGUUUGAUACCAAGAAAAACGGCGGAGUCACCAACGGAUCGGUGAACGAUAGCACUAAGAAUGGGAUAUCGAGGAAACCGUCUAUUGCAAGUAAACCUCAGGCUCUGCGAAAACCUACUUUGGACGACCCUUCUAAAUCUUUCACAACUUCUUCGUCGCCGAAUGACAAACCUUCUUCCACACCUCCCACGACCAGUAACAAACCGAAGAUAGGAGGUUCUAAACCCGACAUCGUUGCACCUAAGCCUAUACGACAUGGCGAUACCCCUGCUGCUGAGGGGUACUCUAGAUCAUCCUCAGGUCGAUCAUUCCCGAUUACCAAAGCUAAACCGCAACCUACUACCAUCAAUACUUCCGUGGAUGAGACGAAGGUAGACGAACCACCCAAGAGUGGGAAAAAUAGUCCGGAAAAACAACAACCUGUCAAUCUCCUCAUACAGCGAUGGAAUCAAGGUCAAACUAAUAAUGCAGCUGCGAACAAGUCGGUGCCGAAACGAGGUGGAUAUAUCUAG